AUGACUGAUUUAACACUCAACGAUAUGACAGAUAUCCCAAUCCAGCAGCGGUUGGAGCUUCACGCCGAGCGACACAAGGCGCUGUGGACCGAGACUGAGAACCUCGAACACGCCCACGAUGCGCUGGCGCAGUGCAAGGACGAGCUCGAGAAGGCAAAGGCCGAGCUCAAGAAGCGACAAAACACGCAACGGCGAUGGGACUUCAAGCUCGAGGAGCUGUUCAAACAAUGGAAGGACCUCGAGGCGCCAAGCCGGAGCACGCGGCUGCUCGUGAAGCUGAAGAACCCGGUACACACGGAUCAGGCGUAUGUGAACCGCGACAUCGAGCGGAAGCAGAAGGAGGAGGAGCACAAGCACGCGUUCUGGCAGGGCCAGGAGUACAAGCGCGCCGUCGAGGAGAGCGAGGCCCGCAUCGACGCCCUCGAAGCCGAUAUCGAGCGCUACACGCUCGAAGCGGAGAACCACCGCCAGCUGCACGCAGAGGUGAAGGCGAUCCACACCGCCGUCUUCGCAGGCAUCCACAACGAGUUCCCACAGGAACUGGAUCUGCGCGACCGUAUCGACAUGGUGGCCGCGCACGGGGUGGACUUUGCGCAGAAGCUCGCGGUCGAGCAAAAGGCGCUCGGCAUGUUCCCCCUCAUGCUCGAGGAGGCGGAGCACGCCGAGCGGCAGUUCCGCAAGGCCAUCCGCGCCGACUCGGACAACCAGCGCCGACACGUGCGUAAGGCCGAGAAGGCGUACGAGCUCGCAAGGAAGAAGGAGACGGAAAUUCGCCGCCUCAAACCCUCCAUCGUUCCGUAUCCUGCGGACAUGCCGAGCUUUAGCUUCUUCGAAACGGGAGACUGGAGCAUGCUCUUCCGCCGUGGGUUCUCUGAGCGCAAGGCGUACUGCAGCGACCUCAUCUUGCACAUGCGUCGGCAGUGGGAUAUUGCGAAACGCGACGCGAGCGAGAUGGCCCAGGGCGUCAAGGAGCUUAACAUGCAGCUCAAGGUAAUGGAGAGGCAGCUGGAGAAGGUGCGCGCGAGGAUCCUCUUGAACAAGGCCGCCGAGAUGGGACUCGGAGGCGAAGUCGACGAGCAAGAGCUGGACCGCCUUGCCCUCGGGGACGUAGAGGACCGGAUGUUCGCCGGCGAUGGCCUGACGGUAUCCAUCUGCUCCAUCCAAGGAACUCUCGAGGCCCCGCCCCCCGCGUACUCGAAGUACUGCACCCCUAAUAGCAGCCUCCCUCCCGCCAUCCUCACACGAGCGUAA